AGUUGAUUCUGUUGAUUAUGAAACGUCAACGUCAUCGAUACAUAAGACGUCAAAUGGUGGCUGAAACCUAUGACAUUGCAGUAGGCUUUCGAUUAUUUGCAAAGACGUAGCUAGGCUGGCAUAUUUUUCACAAUGAAAGGGUGAGAGAUUGGCUAUCGAACAUUCAGAAUGGCCGGCGCCCGCGCCUUCAAGGAAUGUCGGAAGAUUGGAGGCUCUCAAAUAAGAAAUCUGCUCAAUGCAAAAGAUUUCUUCCUUUUCGAUUGCGAUGGCGUGAUAUGGCACGGAGAAAAGGCAAUAACUGGUGCGCCUAAGGUGGUGAGUUCUUUGAUCAAACACGGCAAAAACGUGUUUUUCGUUACAAACAAUUGCACUAGGCCACGUGAGAAUUACGUGAACAAGUUCUACCGUCUGGGCUUUACUGAUGUAAUGCAAGAGCAGAUAUUCAGCUCAUCGUAUUGUUCGGCGCUUUACCUGAGAGAUGUCGCUAAGGUGCAAGGUAAGGUGUUUGUCAUCGGCGGAGAGGGAGUGCGUAAUGAACUGUUAGAGGCUGGCAUUCCUUUCGUUGGUGAUGAAGACGCGCCUGACGGCACUAUAUUUAACUGUGCAUUGGCCUCAGAUGUCAACGCGGUCCUUGUUGGACAUGAUGACAAGUUUACCUUCCUUAAAUUGGCCAAAGCCUCCUGCUAUCUGCGGGAUCCAAACUGUCUGUUUUUGGCCACUGAUGUGGACCCCUGGCACCCGCUGCAAGAUGGAAGGAUAUUACCAGGUAUGGUACUGAUGCUGUGCACUAACUAACCUAGCUACUAAACUAACCUACUGGUGUGCGUGUGUGGAAGAGAGGGACAGAGAGCUAGAGAAAAAAUAAAUACAAUUGACUAUAUUUCCAACCCUCAUCUCUCGCUCCCCAUCUCUCUCUGUCAGGUUCUGGGUGUCUGACAGCAGCGCUGGAGGUGGCCACAGGUCGGAAGGCCAUGGUGAUAGGCAAGCCCAGCCCCUUCAUGUUUGAGUGCAUCUCCAGCCAGUUCAGAGUGGACCCAGCCCAGUGCCUGAUGGUGGGUGACCGCCUGGAGACAGACAUGCUGUUUGGGGCCAACUGUGGCCUGGAUACCAUGCUUACACUCACAGGGAUCUCUCAGAUGAAGACGGCCCAGGAGUACAGAGACAGUGAUCACUCCACAAACCAUAACUUUGUGCCAGACUAUGUAGUGGAUACUAUUGCUGACUUCUUACCUGCUUUUGAGGACUGA